GACAUUAGAAACGCGGUUAGAGCGAUUUUUUGGUGUCGCCGCGUGGGUAAAGCAGUAAGGUGUGCGUGCGUGCCUUUGUGCACAUAGACACUAGGAUUAAAUGGGCUGGUAGUCCGCGCCUGGGCGUAUGUUUACGAGGCAGGAAAGUGCGAAGCAGCAAAACGAACUGAUCGGGUGAAGGGUGAAGAGAAUGCGGCGGAGAGCGACACUCAGAGCGGCGGAGCUGCUGAUGGGCCGCGGCGGCGGAGGAGCCGCGAGGAUGACCGGCCUCCGGCUGCUCCCAUCGGCCACAAAAACACCUGCUGUUCAAAACCGCAUUCACCAAAGAUUCCGCUCCACGUCCUCGAUGUCGACUUACUCCGAGCUGGCAAGAGAGAGAUCAAAAACCGUUACAUCUUUCUACAACCAGUCUGCGAUUGAUGCGUCUGCGGAAAAGCCUUCCGUCAGACUCACACCUGGCACCUUACUCUACGCAGGCAAAUCUCCAGAUGGAAACCAUAUCUUGAGCAGCGCAAAAUACCUUCACAAAGAGCUGCCCGUGCGCAUUGCUCACCGCAUUAAAGGUUUCCGCAGCCUGCCCUUCAUUAUCGGAUGUAACCCCACCAUCCUGCAAGUGCACGAGCUGUAUAUCCGGGCCUACCACAUGCUGAGUGAUUUUCCAGCUAUUAAAGACCAAGACACGGAAGCCGGCUACAGCAAGCUCGUUCAGCAGCUCCUCGACGAUCAUAAAGACGUGGUCACCAUGCUCGCAGAAGGAUUUAGGGAGUGUCGUAAACACAUUCAGGAUGAGACGCUGGUUCGUAAUUUCCUGGACACCACGCUGACGUCUCGUCUGGGCAUCCGCAUGCUGGCCACACACCAUCUCGCCCUGCAUGAAGAAAACCCGGAAUACGUGGGCAUUGUCUGCAGACGUCUAUCCCCUAAAAAGAUCAUCGAGAAGUGGGUAGACUUUGCAAGGCGACUGUGUGAGCACCAGUACGGAAGUUCUCCACGCGUUCGUAUCAACGGUCAUGUGGCUGCUCGCUUCCCGUUCAUCCUUCUUCCCCUGGACUACAUCCUGCCCGAGCUGCUAAAAAAUGCCAUGAGGGCCACAAUGGAGAGCCACUUGGACACUCCUUACAAUGUCCCAGACGUGGUGGUGACCAUCGCCAACAACGAUACUGACUUUGUUAUACGGAUCUCAGAUCGUGGCGGCGGCAUCCCUCACAGCAUCAUAGAUAAAGUGAUGGACUACCACUUCAGCACGGCUGAGCAGAGCACGCAGGACCCGCGCAUGAGCAACCUCUUCAACACCAUGACCAACAGCGGCCCUCAGUCAGGCCCCAUGCAUGGGUUUGGUUUUGGUCUUCCCACUUCAAGAGCAUACGCUGAAUAUCUAGGCGGCUCACUGUCCCUCCAGUCCAUGCAGGGAAUCGGCACCGACGUCUACCUUCGUCUGCGACACAUCGACGGGAAAGGAGAGAGCUUUCGAGUGUGAAGCAGCAACAGCCACAAUCCUGCCCAUUAUCAUGAACAUUCGUAUUUCCACAAAAAAAGGCCUGGAAGCUUCAUUGUUCACAUCUUCACUGACAUUGCUUCCUGUCCUUUCUCUUUUCUUUUUUUUUUUUUUUGCAUGAAAUCAUCUGAAGAAAACAAAGUGGGGGGAGGCUUGAAAAUGUUUGAGAGGACUCUGAAGUUACUGAAGAGAUAUUCUUCUGUAAGAUGGGAAUUAGCCUUAGAAUAAGAAUUGAAUUCGUGAUGGGCCCAGGAGCUUUUUUGAUGCUGAGCGAAAGGCUUCCCAUAGAGGUUAUGAGUGACUGUGCUGUCGGGCACAGAUGCAGAAGUUAACCGUAUUAACUGCCUUACAGAGACAACUUGUCCGAAUGGCCCGGUAUGGAAUCAUUAGUGUUUUGAAAAAUCCACACUUUUUUUUUCCCCUCCACAGAAAAUGGGGUUUUGAUUUUAUGUACAAAACAGAUUGGAGAAUAUGUUUAAAAAAAUGUUCUUCAUAUGUGUCCUGUUUGUCACUCUCUCCAGGUUUUAGACUAUUAAAGGUAUAUUGAAGUAAAAUUUAUUCAUAUUUGAAGAUGAUCUUCUUUAAAUGUCCCCUUGUACAUGUGGCCUCCUUCAACUCACAUUCCAGUAGUCACUUGGUAAAUAUAGGACUUUUUUUUUUGAGUUUCAGGUUAGGUUAAAUAUUAUGGCAUUAAUCACAGGUAUUAACACCACUGGAAACCUAGCUAGAGUAUGACAGAUUUGAACAUAUGAAGGAAGUUUUGUUUUCCUGUGAAAUGGCCUCAGUAAAAGUUAUAUUGCAGUCAGAGCAUGCAUUUUGAAGGACUGGAGUUUGUAUUUGUUUGUGUGUUUUGUUUUUGUUUUGUACCCCCCUCUACAGGGUAAUGACUAGUAUUACUGACGAACCUACAUGUUUCAUUAUUGUGUACAAAGCAAUGGACUAAUCUGCACAUGGCCAAUUGAUGGUGUGAGGUUUCUAGAAUGAUGUCAAGGAUGGGAUCAUUUUAUUACAUUUUUAUUUGUUGCUGUUUUUGUUUGUUUAGUUUUUUUUCCCUCUAUAGAUGCCAAAUCUGCAUAGUUUGAGCAUUAUAAAACAAUCCCAAUUGAGCAAC